AUGACAACAGAAACAACUCCUGUUUCUUCUUCAGAAACAACAGAACACCCCCAAUUUGUUGUUUUUGAAUUACCCACAGUCUUUAACCCUUUGACAAUUCCAAAAACUUCAAUUCCAAUUGAAUGGACUAAAAGAGGGGGAACAACAACAACUACAACCCCUUUUUCACCUUUCAAUAACAAAAAUAGUCUAGUUCCUUUUUUGCCUAUGGGUGGACAUAAAAGAUUAUUAGGACAACAAAUAAAUGAGGUUGAAGAAGCAACAGAAAGUAAACUUAGCUUUACUCUUGUACAACUAAAAAAUUGUAAUAAAAAUAUUCCUUUUAUAGUAAAGAAGAAUGAGGAAGAAGAAAAAAAGGAAGUAAAUGAGGAGGGAAAAGAAGAAAAAUUAAUUUUUGACACAACAAAAAAGACUACCCAAAGCAACAACGAUCGUUGUCAUCGUCGACUUCUUUUCGAUAACCCCCUAUUCAGAAAACUUCCAAAUUGGCACUUUUUUGGAGACGAUCGUCGACUAACACCAAUUCCUCUAACUAUCCCUCUUCUUACAAUACCUGUUGAAAGAACUUUGCUAUCAGUUGCUCCAAGCGUUAGUUGGACUAGACAAAUAAUUUUGUUGGGAUUGUUGGACAUAAAAGGUAUUAUUGAAGCAGAGAGAGCAGCGUUUUUACCUUUAGAAGAGGAAUAUGAAGAAGAGAAAAACGACAUUAAUUGUUUACCCAGCUUAGUUUCUUCCACAAAAACAACAAUUUAUUCGUCUAGCGAAUCAGAAACAGAAGAGCCUUUACCGCCCGACAGUGUUUGUUGUUGUCCUAGCAGCAGUUCGGGUGUUGAGUCGAUGUAUUCGGGUGAAACAGAGACGGGGACAUCUACACCCCCAACAAGAACAAGAAGUAGCGGCACAAAUACUCCAACAACACAAGAACCAACAAAACUAGAAAAUGAUUGUUUUGAAGAAGAAGAUUCGGAAAUUGUUGAUGACGACCAAGCAGGUAGCAGCAGUGCUGCCAAUUCUGCAACUUCAAGUACCCCAAACUCUCCUCUAACAUUUGAUAGAAGAAUUGUUAGAAUGAGUAGAGCUACUCGAAAUGCCGUUCUAAGACUUUCAAUAUCUCGACGUUAUUGUGAAGAAGAAGAAAAGGAUGAGGAAGAUGAUGAGGGGAAAUAUGAGGAAGAAAAUUCUGGUAAAUAUUGUUGUAACAAAAAUAGGGGGAGGGAAUGGAGGAAUAUAAAAUUUUUUUAG